AUGUACAACGGCUGGCCCAAAGUCUUCGACACGACAUCAACGCUUCCUGGACUGACUGGUAUCGUCGGACCUAUCUCAGUACUGGCCCUGUCUCAUAUUCCCACUACAAACAAACCAAAUGAGAUCUCGCGGAUCGCUAUUGUCGAUCUUCCAAUGGUUUUCGAUCAAAAGACCAUACAAACCGGAAAGUGGUUGAUGUACAACGAAGAAGAAUCACCGUUUGCGCUUCUAGAACAUGAUUCGACAAAUUUCGGGAGUAUUACUAGCGGGACACCAGAUCAGCAUGAACCAACGGACAUGGCGUACGAUGUGUUAAUGCGUCAAAUAAGCGAUAAGACUAACGAAGAAGAUGAUCGCAUGGUGUUCACAACAGAAGAAGCUGUGCCACGAAUCUUAUCCGAUGAAGGGAAUACCUCCGACGGGUUGGAAUCUCCGAAGAUGCCUGCAAGGAACGUCAUCGAGUCGCGAAAAAACCAUACUCUUCCAGAACCUAUAUUUGCGUUGAGCCUUCCAUUGCUUGUGGACAGGAUUAUGCAAUACUUACCUCUGCCGACGUCGGAGCCAGAAGUCUCCCCAGGAAAGGUUCGGGUGCACUGGACUUCGCGGGGUAAGCGUAUGUACGACGAUUUCAUUGAGCUAGACUCUGGUGCUGCGGGCGAGCUUGAAAAGUUGCUGCGAGAGAGAUACAGACCUCAAGAGAAUGCCGGAACUGGUGGAGUGAUGAUAUUCGGACUCUUUCGACAUAUGCUGGGCUUGUUCCGUCGGCAGAGCGAAGUCCAACAGCAGUCGAAUCUAGACGCCGAACAGGGGGGGCAUGAAAUGCAGUCUGGUCCUGGUCAACCAAUUCCAAUUCCUGAUAUCGCGGUUUCUGAAACAGAGCAUCAAGAUCCAGAAGAGGAACUUGUCCGUCUGUUGAUCUGUGUGAACGACAAGAGAACGAGACCGACGUUGAAGCAAGAGGUACUUCGGAGCAUCAACGAUGACCGUGAGUUGUUUCAUCAUCUACGGAAAUGGUAUUUGGUCAAGCGUAGAUGGUUUACCUUACGAAGUCUUGGAACUCUUAGCCUGACCCAGUUUGAAGUCAAUUACAGUAACGCUGCCAAUAUCUACCGUCACGAUCAUGUGUGUGGAAUCACAAGUGACGGGCACCACGAUCAAGCUUUAGGGUUCUAUUGUUUGUGUAUCCCACCAGAAGAGCGAGUUGGGUCUGACAAGGAGUAUCUUUGUUAUCCCGCUCCAAAAGUCCGAAAUCGGCGUUUGGUGCCUGUACUUGGCCCGGCGAUGUUGAAGGGAGACUUCCUCGACCCUCACUCCAUUGUAGCUGGCCAAAAGACGACCCUGAAUCAAUUACCCAAACGUCGACUUCCAAAAGAGCUUAAAGCAACCCCGGAAGAGAUGGCGACAGGAUGGGGUCUCCACAUCGAGGAAGACUGGCACUGGCCUACAAUCUAUUGUUGCCUCGUCGUCAUAGUCCUGUUCAGCUUCAUCUUUGGUAUAGUUUGGUCGGUGAAGAGAAAUGAUUUACAGGGCGCGUUUGCUGUUUCAGGAUUUGCAAUCGCAUUAGGCGCCAUGUUCUUAGGGUACAUGGCGAUACCGAAUGUUUAG